CAAGAGGUUUCAUCAGCAGCCAUGGCAACCUUUGGCCAGAUCAUCUUCGGCAGCAUGAUUACCCUCAUCGUCUUAUUCUCGGCCAUCAUCAUCCUAAUCUUAGCCCUGUCCCUCUCGGGCAACUUGUCCCAGGUGAUAAGCACCAACACGUUGCCCGUUGCCAACCUCGGCGAGGAUCAGCUUCUCAGCUGCUUUCUGAGCACUAAAAGUCAAACAGCCGGACUCACAGACGUGUCAGUCACGUGGGAUAUGAAGGGCCUGACGGGAACCGUUUACCGCUAUCAGAAUGGAGCUCCGGAUCUUGCCAACCAGAACUCUCAGUUCAAAGGGAGAACGCAGCUCUUCCUCAAUGCUUUGACCACUGGGAACGCCUCUCUGCUGCUGAGGGGUGUGACACCUAGUGACGAGGGGGAGUACACCUGCAGCAUGAGCUCCUCUGGCGGUGGAGGGAACAUCAACAUUUACCUCAGAACAGCAGCCUUUUCAGCCCCAACAUUUCAAUUCACGAAUGGCACCCUGGCUGCUCAGGCAACCAGGUGGUUCCCUAAACCAAGCGUGACGUGGUCGAACGAUGGCGGGCUCGUCCUGCGUGGAAGCACGAGCUUCACGUCAAACUCUGCGGGGAUAUUCAGUGUGGUCAGCACGCUGCAGUCAAUCAACGUCAGCGACACCUACACCUGCACCAUAGAAAAUGACCUGGUGAUCGCCAUCUCUAAGGCAACUGUAACAGAUUCCUCAAAGUAG